UGGGCCCAAAGCCCAUAAAUAUAUUCUCUGGCGCCGCCAGAAAUGGAAGAAACCGAAACAAAACUUUCUCUUUCUCUCUCGCAUAACCUUUUCGCCGAAACUCAUCUUCUUCUCAGCCGAGACAAUUCAGCCACCACCGAUCAAUUUUCAGAGAUGGGUUGUACUGUGAGGGAGAAGCAUGUAAAACCGAACCGGAGGAUCCGAACCGCUGCUUUUAGAUCCGACCCACCGUUAUGUUUCAUCGAGAAGAUUGCUCUAUCGCAAUCAAUUGUUGAGUCAAGUCUCAAAAACCUUGUUUAUCAUCCAGGUGUUACUGAUUCUGGCUCUGUCAAUUCGAAUUCUGGUUGCGAGAAUUUGGAGGAGAAUCUUUGGGGUUAUUGUACAGAGGAGCAUUUGGAAGAGAUUUUGCUGAAACAUUUGGAGUUUUUGUAUAAUCAAGCUGUUUCGAAGCUUCUCGAAUUGGGUUAUGAGGAACGUGUGGCGAUUAAAGCGGUUUUGAGUAAUGGACACUGUUAUGGUGAAUUGGAUGUUUUGACAAAUAUAGUGAAUAAUUCAUUAUCUUAUUUGAAUAGCAGUAGCAGUGGAGGCGGAUGUGGCGGUGGUAGUAAUAAAGGGAAUAAUGAGGAUCAUUCGGAGACUGGUUUUACGGAUUUGAGAGAUUUGGAGGAGUAUUCGCUUGCGGGUAUGAUUUACUUGUUGCAACAAGUUAAGCCUAAUUUGAGUAAAGGUGAUGCAAUGUGGUGUUUGUUAAUGAGUGAGCUACAUGUUGGUAGGGCAAGUACUAUGGAUGUCCCAACGAAUAGGUCUAGUUGUACUAAGGAAGAUAGCAAUGUAGAAGAUGUUGGUAGUGGUACACUAGAUAUUGCUGGUUUUAUGGCACCAGCAUUGUGUCGAUUCCAUGGAGGUUGGGAUUUUGGGAAUGGGGGAGGACCUGAGUUUUCUGGUAACGGGUUUUCUAUGAACGGUGCUGAGUUAAAACUGCAGAGAGAGAUUGAUUGUCCGAAGAGGUUUAAUCUUUCGCCAUCCAUGAAAUCCUUGUUGAAUCGGAAUGUUGCAGCGGUUGCUGCUGGGUAUCGUGCUAGUAUGAAGCAGAAACAGUCUGAAACUAGUGGUGAUAGCUUAUCUUGUAAUCCUGCGCGUGUGGAGGCUUGUGAGCAGCAGCCACGUAAGUCAGGGAGUGAAGAAAGUGUUAGUUCGGUGUUGGAGAAAUUUCGUGAUCUGAACCUUGAUGAUAAUUUGGAAUCGGUGGGUAAGGAUGAUAAGGAUUGUGUGAUAGUCAAUCUGCUUCAUCAGGUUAAGGAUCUCGAGAAGAAACUAAAGGAAAGGAAAGACUGGGCUCAGAAGAAGGCAAUGCAAGCUGCUCAAAAGGUCAGCGAGGAAUUGGCCGAGCUUAAAUCAUUGAGUAAUGAAAGAGAAGGAAUCCAACUGCUGAAAAAGGGGAAACAAGCUGUUGAAGAAUCAACUGUGAAAAGAUUAUCCGACAAGGAAAAUGAACUUAGAAAAGCUAGUGGUCAAAACGACAGGGCCAAUGCGAUUGUAAGAAAGCUUGAGAAUCAAAAUGCAGAAAUUCGAGCAGAGCGGGAGGGAUCCAAAUUAAGUGCAUCAGAAUCGCUUAAAGCGUGUAUGGAAGCCUCAAAGAAGGAGAAAAAAUGCUUGAAGAAGCUUGUGGCAUGGGAGAAACAGAAAUUGAAGUUGCAGGAUGAUAUCACAGCUGAAAAAGAAAAUAUAAAGGCCCUUUAUAGGACUUUAGCUCAGAUCACACAGGAUGAAAAGGAAAUUGAGGCGAAAUGGAGGCAAGAGCAGAAAGCAAAGGAGGAGGCUCUGGCUCAAAUGGAGGAAGAACAACGCUCAAAAGAAGCAGCCGAGGGUCACAACAAGAGAAAGCUCGAGACUCUACGGUUAAAAAUCGAACUAGACUUCCAAAGACACAAAGACGAUCACCAAAGACUAGAGCAAGAACUCUCUCGACUCAAAGCCUCUUCAGAUACCGAACCAAGCCACUUAUCCAACAACGCUUGGAAACCCGAAAAAUCUCAAGGAGAAAACAUUGCUAAACUGCUUGAAGAACUUGAUAAGCUUGAAGGGUCAUAUGACAAUGAAGCAAACUAUGAUCGAGAAUGCAUAAUCUGUAUGAAAGAAGAAGUCUCUGUGGUGUUUCUUCCUUGUGCGCAUCAAGUUGUGUGCGGUAGUUGCAGUGAUAGCUUCUUCGCGAGCAACAAUGGGGGAACCAAAGUCACUUGUCCUUGUUGCCGAGGUUUGGUUCAGCAGCGAAUCCGUAUCUUUGGAGCUACCUCAUAAAAACCGAAAAAGCUUCUCUUUGGGUUUCAAAGAGAUCAUCACAACUUCAGGUUUUUUACUUUGUAAGUACAAAAAUAAAUGUUUAGCUUCUUC